AAAUCGGAAAUCGCCUGGGGGAGACAGCACAAGAGAUAAAAUAGCGGAACAAUGUCUUCUUGGUUACAGCGACAGGCUGGCUCCCACCAGUCACAGCUUGCUGCAACGGCUGUGCUCUCGGGAGCCGCUGUUGCAGGCGCCAUUUUUGGCUACCAAGCGCUCAAAAGGAAAGAAGCUGUCAGGGAGCUAAAGGCGUCUAUUCCGGGCAUCGGUGACAACCAUACUGUCGGGAAGCUUACCAAGUUCGGUAGCGCAGACCCUGUGCAGCAAUUGAGUAAUGAAGAUGAGCGCAGUGCGGCGCUUGCGCGCAGGGCGCAGAUGGGCGACUAUGACGGCGAGCUUAUCCUCGAGCAACUUGCCCGUAACCGCGUUUUCCUCACCGACGAAGGCCUCGAGAAGCUUCGUUCAUCAUUCAUAAUAGUUGUGGGCUGUGGGGGCGUCGGAUCGCAUGCGGCAGCCUCCCUUACAAGAUCGGGUGUAUCUAAGAUACGGCUGAUUGAUUUCGAUCAAGUCACUCUAUCGUCUCUGAACCGACAUGCUCUUGCCACUCUCGCUGACGUGGGCACACCGAAGGUGCAUUGCAUUCGCAAAAGGAUGGAACAAAUCACACCAUGGGUCAAAUUCGACUGCCGAAACGAACUCUUCGGAGGAUCCGUUGCCGACGGUCUUCUUGCCCCGUGGUCGAUGAAUGAUAGUGACAAAGGACGGAAGCCGGAUUAUGUGCUGGACUGCAUUGAUAACAUCACCUCCAAAGUCGAGUUACUACACUACUGUCAUCAACACUCCAUUCCAGUGAUCUCAUCUAUGGGUGCGGGGUGCAAAUCCGACCCUACAUGCGUCACCGUAGGUGACAUCUCGACCAGCACAGAUGAUCCUCUCUCGCGCAGCACUCGACGACGUCUUAAGAUCCUCGGAGUAAGCACCGGUAUUCCGGUGGUGUUUUCGACCGAGAAGCCCGGUCCCGGCAAGGCUAGUCUUUUGCCGCUCGCGGAGGACGAGUUCAGCAAAGGUCAGGUUGGUGAGCUCAGCGUUCUACCGGACUUCCGCGCGCGGAUUCUGCCUGUCCUUGGAACCAUGCCUGCAGUAUUUGGAUACGCUGUUGCCAACCAUGUCAUUUGUGAUAUUGCGGGCUAUCCGAGAGACUACAGUAUUGCCAGGAAAGGCAAGGAUAAAAUAUACGACUCGGUCAUGACGUCUACCCAGGGUUUCAUGGAGCGCUUGGCUAGAGUUGAAGUCGGACAACAUGUCAUUGGCCUUCGUCUUCCAAUCACCAAGGAUGAUGUUGUCUUCCUUGUGGACGAAAUCUGGCGAGGAAAGAGUGCUAUCAGUGGCCUUCCUGGCAGACUCAUUCUCGUUCCAUGGGAGCGACCGGCACGCGGCUUUGCGCCUGACACUAAGUGGGAGCAGCAUGGACAGAAGUUCAUCCCAUUUGAGCUGAAAGACCUCGUGUGUAUGACUAAGGAGGAAAGCGCAGAGCAUGAGAAGGAAGUUCUACUGGGUGAGAAGAAACCAGAAGACUUAUACGAUGAGAAGACGAUCCAAAAGAUUAAGGAGCGAAUUGGGGAGGUGGAAUUCUACGAGAAAUUCCGGUAGAAGACUUUAAACUUCUGUAAAUUAAAUAUGAUGAAGCAUGGUUGAUAUUCACUACGUUCAAAACUAUAUCCAUGGGCCAAAGUAAGCCCAUUGUCCCGAGUCUGCUAGGUUUACUGUCUGG